AGUUGAUAUAAAAAUGGAAACAUAUGCAAUGGAGAAUUUAUUAAUGGAUCUAGAAUCUUUUGAAAAAGUAUGUCGAGUUUGCUUAAAAGCUGAGAGUGACAUGCAAGAUAUUUUUAAUUCAUCGAUAGACACAAUAUUAAUACAGUGUACUUCGGUGCAGGUUCAAACUGGAGAUGGCCUCCCUAAUCUAAUAUGUGCAAAUUGCGAGAAAAGAUUACACGAAGCAUAUUCUUUCAGACAGUUAUGUGAAAUUAAUGAUAGGUUUUUGAGGAAAAUAUUUGAAAAACUCAAAGAGGAUGAAUCGUUUGAAAAAUCAUUACAUGAUAGUUUUGAUCCCUUAUUUCAUGACUCGGAUAAUCAUUUUAUUGAUCAGGGAGAUUAUGAUGUGUAUAAUAAUGACCUAAAAAAUGAAAAUUUGGUAAAUGUAAAAAUUGAAGCGCCAUGUAUAGUGAAUACGGAUAAUGAAAAAGGACAGGCAAUACCAGUUCAAAAUAAUGAAUCGAAAUGCGAGCUUUGUGAUAUGGAAUUAAUUAAUACUUCAUUAAAUUAUCAUUUAACGUCGUUUCACCCUUCUGAAAAUUGUCACUAUUGUUGUGAAUGUAAUAAGCAAUUCAGCGAAUUGAAGCUUUUAAAAAGGCAUUUGAGACUACACAGGACCAACAAAAAAUUUGAGUGUACAAUGUGUAAAAAAGUAUUUUACAAGGCCAGCGAUUUAAAAAUCCACUUAAGACGUCACACUGGAGAAAAACCCAUAACUUGCUCAGUGUGUUCGAAAGCAUUUGUAGAUCCGGGAGGAUUAUACAGCCACAUGAAAACGCAUACAGGUAAAAAACCAUAUCAGUGCAAGAUUUGUAACAAAGGGUUUGCCCAUUCCUUCACUCGCAAUAUCCACAUGAGGAUACACACUGCUGAAAGACCUUACGUGUGCACACAUUGUGGAAAAAGUUUUGUUUAUGUACAUAAUCUGAUUAUUCACACCCGACAGCAUACGGGAGAAAGACCUUAUAAAUGUACCGAUUGUCCAAAAGCUUUCCGUUCCAGUUCAACACUCAAAGCUCAUAUGUUAACUCAUACUGGUGAAAAAAGAUUUAUAUGCAGUACUUGUGGUAAAAGGGUUUCUAGAUCUGGAGACCUUACUAUCCACAUGAGAACACAUACGGGUGAAAGACCGUAUGCCUGUACCAUUUGCCCUAAACGAUACAAAAUGUCGUCACAUCUUCAUAGUCACAUGAAGUCACAUACAGGAGAAAAAGAUCAUUUUUGUGGAACUUGUGGCAAAGCGUUUUCGGAUAAAAAAUUGUUAACGAUUCAUUCGCGAACACAUAGUGAUGUCAAACCUUAUGCCUGUUCGGCAUGCAAUAAAAGAUUCUCUUAUCCUAGUUCUUUGUCGUCUCAUAAAAAGGUUCAUAACAAAGAGAAAAUUAGAUCAAUUGAAAAAGAUACCUGAAUUUGUACUUUGACUGAAAUAUAUUGUUAUAU